GUUUCAUUGGGUAAACAACGAGAACUUUAUCAAGCCUGCUACAAUGCUGAGAAAACCCUUUCUGGUUUUAAUAGUGUGAAAGGUGUUGGGAAAAUGAGAACAAGUUCAGAAACAUGGAAAACUUUAGAUGAUGGUGUGGUCGUACCAUGUGGGAAGUUGAUCGAAGCAUCGGAAUCAGAGGUCAAUAAAUGUGUUCUACAAUUUAAUGAAUACAUUGUGUAUGACGUGAAUCAAAUUCGUCUUCGGUAUCUAGUGAAGGUGAAAUUUAAUUUCAAACAAUAAACUAAAGAAUUAAGAAAGUAUUUCUUUUAUGUGUAAGUGUUCAUACCGUUGACUUGUCUAUUUUUUUUAUACACACACCUACCGAUGGGCAAGAAAGAACCAAACAGUAACUAUUACUGUGAUAUUAUAGAAGAUAAACAACAGAUAUUCUAUUUUACUAAUAACUGGUUAAAAAGGACAGAUUUUUAUACUAUACAUCCAUUAUUGUAUAAUAACUUUUAAUAAUGAAUGUUUUUCUUCCGUUUUUACGCACAAACUUCAUCAGUUGAUAAUGAACUGAAUGUAUAGCUUCCAGUUAUUGAGAGUAGUUGGUUGUGAACAGUAGGUACUCGAGCGAUGCUAAAGUAGUGUGUGGAUGCACCCACAAUUUAUCUGCAUCGGGAUGGUGACGUCAUAUAUCUUUACUCACCUUAUCUCUUGCCUUUAUUGCUUUAGGGUUUUACACAACUGGUGAUAUAAUUAUUAUUUUAACUUCUCUUUUUCCGUUUAAUAAUUUUUACCUUUAUAUGUUGGUGUAAAUUGUGG